AUGCGCGACGAGGGCCCGGCGGCUCCACGAGAAACGUCAACGCCUGCGUCGUCAGACAUGGCGCUCGCGACACGCGGCACCGUCUCUGCGCCGCCGCAGAUCGGCGAACGAUCGCUGCGGCAGCAAGUGGUGCUGGACGAGGAGACGUACACCAGUGGCCUUUCACGCAUUAUCCAACGUGAUUUUUUCCCCGACUUGCCACGUCUUCAGGCGCAGAAUGCCUAUCUUACGGCCCUGGAUGAAGGGACCCAGGAUGAAAUUGAGGAAGCGGCACGCCGCCUUGUGCACGAAGAAGCACGAUACGGCGUGCUUACCGAGCGAACACGACGGGCGGACGACGGCGAGCCACUCACGCCGAUGCCCAUGCCUUCCUCCACGCCUCGAUCCGAUACACCGAGGCCCUCGGUGGGCACAACGCCCUUGUCGUACGUGGGCGAUACGCCUCGCUCGUCCACUUCGAUGCACGCUGCAGAUGUGCCUACCAACCUGACGAUGGGGCAGUACCAAACACGCUACACAACCGAAGACAAUGCAUCGUUUGCGCAUCUCAUGGACGUCACACGCAAGCGACGUCGUGAGAAGUACGACUGGGCCUACAAGGCGGCGGAGCACGAGACGGCCAAGCGCCAAGCAAAGAUCGAGGCGGCCCACCACGAAGCUGAAGCGGGUCGGCGGCUGGCCGGGCCCUCCGCGCCGAAAGGCUUGCUGGCGCCGCCACCACCGCCAGUACCGCCGACCUCGUCGUCUCACGCACAGGGAGCGCUUAUGCAUGCGCCUGGCAGUCUCACGUCUACAGCGAAAGCGACCAAGACAGAUAUGCCGCCCCCGCGGCUGGUUCAUGCCAAUACGCGUUUGGAUUGGCACAGCGAUCUAGGCAUGCCAUCGUCGGCUACGACUCCAUCGACGCCCAGUAGCAGUGUGGUCGAUGCUGCGAUUCAUGGCACUUCGUCCCCUCGUGUGAAUGGCUACGGGUUCGUGAGCAUGCCGUCCACACCACGUACAGACAUCGGGACACCGUCUGUGGCAGCGACGCCACGAGCCAGUGCUGCCUCAGCGUCGAGGACGCCACGGCCUAGUACUGACAUACUCAGUCCUGCUGCUCGCACGUUGCUGCAGCGUACCAGUCGUUCUGUCUCGACGCUGUACCGCGCCAAUCCCUCGUCGACGCCGCGCUCUGCUCGCUGGACACCAACGCCUAGUCCGGUCGUUCGACGUAACUCAUAA